AGUGCCAUUCAGAGAGGCUCCCACUUACUCAAACAGACGACGGAAACCUCACAGCACUUUGGCCACACCUCGCCUCUUGCUUCGGUCUAAUAGCGAUAACAAUUUGAACGUCAAUCUUCCUAACUGGUCAGCCUCCCCUUUACCCUCUUCACACCGUAGCCUUUCGCCUCACCUAUUCCAACAGAUGCAGAAUAAUCCUAAUGGAACUGUGAAAACUGUGGGAAGUUACACUUCAUCAUCUCGGAGCCGCUCUCCAUCAUUAAAUAGGCUCGGAGAGGAUGCAAAGCGCCAGCAGCAACAAAGGCACAUCAGUGCCAAUUAUAAUCCCAGUGCCAACAAGGACAUUAUAUCUGCUUUAGAUUAUCAGGGUCAAAAACGCAAACUGUAUAGUGCUGUACCUGGAAGACUAUUUAUUGUUGUGAAGCCAUAUCAACCUCAAGGAGAAGGGGAAAUUCAUUUGCACAAAGGCGACAGAGUAAAAGUUUUGAACAUAGGUGAGGGUGGAUUCUGGGAAGGCAGUACUCGGGGACAUGUUGGAUGGUUUCCUGCAGAAUGCGUUGAGGAAGUGCAAUAUAAGCCAAAUGAAAGUAAACCAGGUGAGAUAAUGCAAUUCAAGAGUAAACUAUGCUUACAGUUUUUCAUGGGGAAGUACAUGAGUGCUGAACUAGAAAUUACUCUAAAAAAAAGGAACUAUAUUUUUUUUAAACUAUAG